CGAAGAUCUUAUUCCACGAACCCAUCCAGAUCCAAUCCCCAUGGCGGGCGGCGGCGGCGGCGACGACGGCGACGUCUCGCGCGCACAGCAGCCAUGCAGGGGAGAGCGUCGGGGACACCGCCAGAAGGAGGCGUGUCUCCCGCUCGACGUCAUCGCGGAGAUCGCGGCGCGCUCCGACCCUGCCACCCUGGUGCGGUGCGCGGCCACGUGCAGGGACGCGCGCCGCCGCAUCGCCGAGGACCCCAGCCUCCUCGGCCGCCUCCGCCUCCGCGACACGGAGCGGUUCGUGCUCCCUCUCCUGCGCGGCCACCUGGCGGGGACCACGACCUACACCGGCGGAGAGAAGACCGACGUGUACAUGGUGGAUACCACCGCCGCCGCCGCGGACGCCACCCGUCUCGUCAAUGUCACCCGUCUCGUCAAGGCCACCUUCGCUGAGGCCGACCAGACGCUGAGCAACGUCGUGUCCAUGGACUCGCGCGGCGGCCUCGUCCUCGUCCUCGUUCGCGCCAAUUACCAGCGACAGCUGCUCGUGUGCAACCUGGCUACUCGUCGCUGCCUCGCCCUCCCGCCAGAACCGGUGUUCCCGUAUGCCAACUGGAGUACGUGCGGCGUACAGUAUGUUCUGCUCGUCGGCGGCAGCAACGACGACGGAGGUGACGGCGCCGCCGGCCGCCGUUUCCAUGUGCUCAAGUCGAUGCUAGUGUUGUCACAAUACCGUUCUUACCGUUGCCUGCUGGUACACACCUUCUCGUCGGAGGACGGCGCAUGGUCCCCGCUCACGGAGAUCCCGACUCCUAACCUACAGGGGAGUAGGGGUAACCUGUACCAAAGGCCGCUGGUCGUCGGCGACGUCGUUCACUGGCUAUGCCUGACCAACGGCGGGAGCUACAUGCUCAUGCUCCACGUGAGAGCGGCGGCGCGGGUGAACGUGACGGCUCUCCCGGCGAGCUUCCCACGAGACGGCAAGACGAAGCGUCAGUACCUCUUGGCGACGGCUACGGCGGGCGGGAACCCCGUCGUUCUCGUCGCCGACGCCGACAGGAUAUCCGCCUGGGAGCAGUCGAAGCACACCAAGAUGUGGAAGCCGCGGCCGCAGGUGGUGAUAGAGAACGAGACGAUCCUUGGGUUUCAUUGUGAUGCCCUGGCCGAGCUCCUGGAGAAGGAGAGGAGGUCGAGGAAGAGGAAGCAUGUCCCUGAGCUCUUGUGUUUUGGUGAGAGGAGCGGCGCCGUGCUCCUAAAGAUUGAUGAUAUCUACCACUGCAGCUACUGUUUGCUCUGGCUGGAUCUCCAAUCCAAGAAGAUUGUCAGGUGCUUCUCCCCAGAUCGUCGGAUGCAAGUGUAUUGUGCCUACGAGGUGGACCUUUCGUCUUGGGUGCCAACCUUUAGUAAUGCUGUUACCCUUUAAUUUGAUUCAUUUGACGAUGUUUAAUUUGCCUAGCUAGCUGCUUUUCAAUGCAAAUGUCUCAAACUGCUUGUAUUGGCAAAACAUUUUUUAUUAGCUACACUAGUAUUUAAUUAUUUGCUAUUUUUCAUUCGACUUUGGCAUGCUCGCCUAACGACCAAAUGAGGGUGCGAGGAUCCAUCCAUCCAUAUAUAGUUCACUA